GUAGUCACACUGCACUGAAAGAUUUUAUACAAGCACGAUUAAGAAGAAAAUCCAAGGAUUCAAUCAGGAGUUUAGCUGCUAGAAGUAACUUAAACAUGUAUAUCACAGUGAACAUGAACGAUACGGCAAGGCAUGGAAGUGAGUUUUUUAAAGCAGCUCACAUAAAUGACACUGUCAGUAUGAAGUCCUUAUUGACAAGUAAAGAUUUUGAUCCUGCCAUUCGAGGGAAUUUGGAAGAAACAAUCCUGCACACUGCCUUGUUAAAUGGCAAUAAGGAAAUUGCAGAAUUUAUUCUGGAUAUGAUGCCAUCUCUCAUCAAUGAACCAAUGACAUCUGAUAUGUACAGAGGUGAGACCCCCAUGCACAUUGCUGUUCUGAAACAAGAUGUGGAAAUGGUUAAGGAACUGUUGAAACGAGGUGCUGAUGUGAUGAAUGCUCGUGCAACUGGCUCCUGCUUUGUCCCUGGGGAGGAAUGUCAGUGUUACUAUGGUGAAUAUUUGUUGUCAUUUGCGGCAUGCAUUGGCAAUGAAGAGAUUGUCAGAACUCUUAUUAAACACUGUGCUCCAUUAGAGGCACAAGAUUCCUUAGGUAAUACAGUACUUCACGUGCUAGUUCUACAACCAGAAAAAGAGCAAGCAUAUUCCAUGUAUGAUCUCAUUACUUCACUUGUGUCUGAGAAACAUCACCAGUUUGUUGAGAAUAUUGUGAACAAUGAUGGCUACACUCCAUUGAAGCUUGCAGCAGCUGAGGGUGACUUUGUAAUGUUCAACUAUUUGGUGCAGAAACAAAAGAAAAUAUAUUGGACAAUGGGGACAAUUUCUUACUGUGUCUAUGAUCUCACCAACAUUGAUACAUGGGGUGACCAAAAAUCAGUUCUGGAUAUCAUAACAACAAGCAGGAACAGUGAGGUUCGCAAACUUGUUGAUGCUAAACCAGUGAAGGAGUUAUUACAUCAAAAGUGGAAUUCUUUUGGGUACAAGUAUUUCCUGAUAUGGAUGUUCUCCUAUAUUAUGUACAUUAUUAUAUUCACUGUUUCUAGCCUUUAUCGGCCCUUGAAACCAAUUCCACCUGGAUUAUCUGACAACCUCACCAUUAGGACACAGAAGACUCUGGCAGAAUCCUAUCAAACAAAGGAAGACUAUUUGAGACUUGUGGGUGAAUUAAUAACCAUCAUAGGAGCUUUGGUAAUACUCAUAAGUGAGAUUCCUUACUUGUACAGGAUUGGUCCAAGAAAUUAUUUAGGAAAUACAUCAAUUGGAGGGCCAUUUCCAUUGCUGUUGGUUUGUUACUCCCUCUUGAUUGCUGUGGCAGUUAUCAUGAGAAUCCUCGGUAAUGUUGAAGAAGCAGUUCCAAUUUCAUUGGCUCUGAUCAUUGGUUGGUGCAACACCAUCUAUUUUGCAAGAGGUUUUAAAAUGCUUGGACAGUUUUCCAUUAUGAUCCAAAAGAUAAUUUUUGGUGAUUUUAUGCAAUGGUGCUGCCUGGUACUCAUUUGCAUCACUGGAUUUACAUCUGCUUUCUAUGUCAUGUUUCAGACUCUCGAUUUGAGAAAUUAUCCAUAUUUCCGUGAUUUUCCAAUGACAAUGUACACCACGGUUGAGCUAAUGAUGGGCUUAAUUGAUCUUCCCGUUCCAUAUGAUAAGCCAACUCCUAGUAUCCUAUAUGUUGCAUAUGUUCUAUACAUGAUUUUUGUGUAUCUUCUGCUGUUAAAUUUGUUGAUCGCAAUGAUGGAUGACACAUAUUGGAGAAUUGCAUAUGAAAGAGAGGAACUUUGGAAAGUGCAGAUUGCCGCCACCAUACUGCUUCUAGAGCGACGAGUGCCAGUAUUUCUGAAAAUCCGCUCAGGAGUUCCAGGAAGGUCUCUGGGCUUUGAUGAUGACAAGUGGUAUAUUGGGGUUGAAGAAAUUCUUACUGAGACAGUAGGAACAAAAGUGCAAGUUCCAGCACUGAACGCACAGAAGUACUCACACCAUCUAGGUUGGGAUGCAAUUCGAAAAAAUCUUGCAAAAAUCAUAAGCAUGAGAGAGUCUUCCGAGUCUACCUCUUUUUAAGGAACACUUCAUAAUGAUCACCAUUCAUAACUCCAAAAUAUAUUUUUCUCUGUUUUGUAAUUUCUAUUGUGCAAUACUAUUCAAAGGAUAACAUACAAAAAUCACACUUUAUUGUGUGUGGUUAGACUAGUACUUGACAUGCUAAUUUUAAAUUCUUCUUUCAGUCACUUAACAGAGUUGAUUUGCUUUAAAUACCUUUGUUAAAAUAAGCGAAAGGGGACUUUGAUUCAAACAUUGGAUUAAUGGUGCUGGAAGCUAAACCAUUCAUAAAAUCAUCCAAUAAAAAAAUAGAUUUCAGAUUAUAACCUGCUCAUUGCUUUUUCUUAUAUCAGGUUUAGUACAUUGUAAUGAAUUAUUUGGGAACGUUCUACAUUCCAUUGAGUAGUUGCAGGUUUAUUUCAAACCAAUAACCAUUUAAACAAUCAGAAAUUAUUUUUGAACACAAAUGACAACAUUUCAGUAACGAUGUACCUAAUCUCCCAUCCUAACUUUAGUGGAACCCCUGAGAAACACAAAGACUUCAUUUGAAUCCAGACAAAUCUUCUAAAAGGAGGGAAAGGUAUCUGUUAAUACAAAAGUGUGGAGGUUACAACACAGAAGGUACAUUUGGAAUCACACAGAUGAGGGUAGUGGAGGGGUGCUAUUCGGGCCAGAAGUCUACUUUUGACGUUAGCCUACUGUUCAAAAAUAGAUUCAAAGUAUAGAUUGUCUAUGCAAUUGCCGCUACAAACAGAAGUUCAGCUCACAUCUAAGUAGGAUUUCUUUCCCCCAGUUUAAAGCUUGUGAGGAGUUAUGAAGAUCCAUGUGUCAUUGCACUAAUUUGUAGCCUUGCUGUAGUCCAUUUAAGUAAUUAUUUGUUUUUGCUUAGAGUUUCAGUAAAAAUGAAAGUAAGGAUAUUUGAUUUGUAUACAGAGAAUUUCCUUAUAUUUGUCCUGCAUAUUGUUAGUGAUAGUUGAACAACCAGAAGAUCAAAUUGCCUCUAAGUUCUCAAAAGUAAAUGUAAAAUCAAAAUUAGCUACCGACUCUAAUCAAGACAAACCCACUCAGGGCUAUUUUUGACUUUGUGUGACAGUGUAAAGUGGGUGCAAGUAUAAAAUGCGUUGGCAGUAUAAAGUGAAGGUAGCAAAGUGGCAGCCAUUAAAACAGGAGAGAUGAGAAAUGGCUGAGAAUCUAACAGUUUUACACUUGGGAGGAGCCUGAUAAUGUGGUAUCUCCCAGUUUAGUUUCUUUUUAAUAUAUAUAUCUGGACAAUAUUCUACAUUGUCAAACGGAUGCCCAUGCCGUAGCCUCAUUCAAAUAAACUGUGGUAAUUACUGCAUCUCCUUCUAAAAUCAACAAUUGUGUUAUCUUUUACUGUUAAGAGCAAAAUAUUUGUUUUGACUGUAUUUUAUAAAAAUUAAUGUUAUAAAGUAAGAGAUGUUUGUUUAGGGAA